GGCGCCGGGAGGGAUCGUUCCUUCUAUGUUUUCGCGAGGGAAUUCAUUUCUCUCGAGCUUUUGACAUUCUUAUUUCAGAUCGCGGAAGCGAACGAAGUGUUUUUUUUUCCCCCACUCCCCUUCUCAUCUUUCACUAUUUUCAUUUUUAUUUUAUUAUUAAUUUUCCCCUUUUGGAGUUGCCUGAGAACUUUCCAUGAUAAACCCUAACAUUAACAACCUUAAACUCCUCUUCCGUCUUUGACCCUCCGACCCUUCUCUAGUUCUCAGGAGCUUGGGAAGAAGAAGGUGUUUUUCAGAUGGAUUUCACAUGGUUGAAUGCACUUCUAGUCGGGGCAGGUUGUCUUGCUUUUGGGUAUUUCAUUGGUUCUAAGUAUCCUCUUCGCCUACUUAUCUCAGCAGCGAUAGCUAAAAGGAGUUCAGUGUUGGAAGGGAAGGAAGGGAAGAAGAAGAAGAAUCCCAAAGAGCCGCUUGAGAUUGAACAUCUGGCUGAUUUACUUGAUGAUUUUAAAAUGGUGUUGGUUGUGAGAAACGAUCUUAAAAUGGGUAAAGGGAAAAUUGCUGCUCAGUGCAGUCACGCUACUCUGGGUCUCUACAAAAAGCUUAUCCAUCGAGCUCCAAAAGCUUUGAAUAGGUGGGAGAUGUGUGCACAGCCCAAGGUUGUUGUCAAAAUUGAAAGCGAGGAAGAUAUGCUGGUGUUGCAGGAAAGAGCGAAAUCAUUGAAAUUACCUACGCAUAUCACAAUUGAUGCGGGGAGAACACAGAUUGCACCAAAUUCCAGAACAGUGAUGGCAAUAAUGGGGCCAGUGGAUGUGGUUGAUGAUGUAACCGGCGGACUGAAACUUCUCUAGUCCUCAUUUCAUUCAAGUGAUCUCUUGUUUAUGAAAACCGGUGUUCUUAGAGAACAGAAUUGCUGCUUGUGGCUAUUCAGCCUAGCCUCUCAAGAAGCAUUGAUGCUUCUCCUGAUAAAGAUUCAUAUUUAAUCUUAAAUUAACGGCCACAAUGAUGAUGAUGAAGAAAAAUUGGGUUAUGACUUAUGACAGUCUGGGUUAUUGUCUAGUUACAUGUAAUGAUAGUUUCCUAAUGUAAAAGAUGGUUCAUGGAAUUGUAUUGGUUCCAAUUUAUUUAUGAAUCUAAAUUUAUGCUUAUUUUUAA